AUGUCUGCUGGUUCAGUUCUCGUCGCUGGUGGCACGGGCUACAUUGGCUCGUUCACCACCCUUGCUCUACUCGAGGCCGGUUACAAGGUCGUCGUCGCUGACAACCUCUACAACUCCUCCGACGAGGCUCUGAAGCGCAUUGAGUUGAUCUCCGGCAAGAAGGCCGAGUUCGCCCACCUCGAUGUCACCGACGAGGCCGCUUUCGACAAGGUCUUUGAGGCCCACCCCGACAUCGACAGCGUCAUCCACUUCGCUGCUCUGAAGGCCGUCGGUGAGUCCGGUGAGAAGCCUCUGGACUACUACCACGUCAACGUCUACGGCACCAUCUGCCUGCUCCGCUCCAUGGUCCGCCACAAUGUCAACAACAUUGUUUUCUCCAGCUCCGCCACCGUCUACGGCGAUGCCACUCGCUUCCCCGACAUGAUCCCCAUCCCCGAGCACUGCCCUCUGGGCCCCACCAACCCCUACGGAAACACCAAGUUCGCCGUCGAGAACGCCAUCACCGACGUGAUCAACGCUCAGCGCAACAACGCCCUCAAGGCCGGUAACGAGGCCGAGGCCAAGAAGUGGAACGGUGCUCUGCUUCGUUACUUCAACCCCGCCGGUGCUCACCCCUCCGGUAUCAUGGGUGAGGACCCCCAGGGUGUCCCCUACAACCUGCUGCCCCUGCUGGCUCAGGUCGCUACCGGCAAGCGCGAGAAGCUGCUCGUCUUCGGAGACGACUACGGCUCGCACGACGGUACCGCCAUCCGUGACUACAUCCACAUUCUGGAUCUUGCCGACGGUCACCUGAAGGCCCUGAACUACCUGCGCUCCAACAACCCCGGUGUCCGUGCCUGGAACCUGGGUACCGGUAAGGGCAGCACCGUCUACGAGAUGAUCCGUGCCUUCUCCGCCGCUGUCGGCCGUGACCUCCCCUACGAGGUUGCUCCCCGCCGCGCCGGAGACGUGCUCAACCUAACGGCCAACCCCACCCGCGCCAACACCGAGCUCGGCUGGAAGGCCGAGCGCACCCUCGAGCAGGCUUGCGAGGACCUCUGGCUCUGGACCCGUAACAACCCCCAGGGUUACCGUCAACAGCCCCCCGCUGAGCUGCUGGACCAGCUCAAGAAAUAG